AUGCGCCACUUCACCCUCAACUUCGGUCCUCAGCACCCGGCCGCGCACGGUGUCCUGCGCCUCAUCCUCGAGCUCAACGGCGAGGAGAUCCUGCGCUCCGACCCGCACAUCGGCCUCCUGCACCGCGGCACCGAGAAGCUCAUCGAGUACAAGAACUACACCCAGGCGCUGCCUUAUUUCGACCGCCUCGACUAUGUCUCGAUGAUGACGAACGAGCUGUGCUACUCUCGCGCCGUCGAGAACCUCCUCAACAUCGAGGUCCCCGAGCGCGCCAAGUGGAUCCGCACCCUGUUCGGCGAGAUCACGCGCAUCCUCAACCACCUCAUGGCCGUCCUCACCCACGCCAUGGACGUCGGCGCCCUGACGCCCUUCCUGUGGGGCUUCGAGGAGCGCGAGAAGCUCAUGGAGUUCUACGAGCGCGUGUCGGGUGCGCGCCUGCACGCGGCGUACGUGCGCCCGGGCGGCGUCGCGUACGACCUCCCGCACGGCCUCCUCGAGGACAUCUACAAGUGGGCGACCGCCUUCUCGCAGCGCGUCGACGAGAUCGAGGAGGUCGUGACGGGCAACCGCAUCUGGAAGCAGCGCACGGUCGGCGUCGGCCCCGUCACGGCGCAGCAGGCGCUCGACUACUCGUUCUCGGGCGUCAUGCUCCGAGGCUCGGGCAUCCCGUGGGACAUCCGCAAGGUGGCGCCGUACGACGCGUACGACCAGGUCGAGUUUGACGUCCCCGUCGGCAAGAACGGCGACUGCUACGACCGGUACCUGUGCCGCGUCGAGGAGUUCCGCCAGUCGCUCCGCAUCAUCUACCAGUGCCUCGAGAAGAUGCCGCCUGGCCAGAUCAAGGUCGACGACCACAAGAUUGUGCCGCCGCCGCGUGCGUCGAUGAAGGAGUCGAUGGAGUCGCUCAUCCACCACUUCAAGCUCUUCUCGGAGGGCUACUCGGUCCCGCCCGGCGAGACCUACUCGGCCAUCGAGGCGCCCAAGGGCGAGAUGGGCGUCUACCUCGUCUCGGACGGCUCGAACCGCCCGUACCGCUGCAAGAUCCGCGCGCCCGGCUUCGCCCACCUCGCCGGUGCCGACUUUAUGGCUCGCGGCUCGUGGCUCCCGGACAUGGUCACCAUCAUCGGCACCAUGGACCUCGUGUUCGGCGAGGUCGACCGUUAA